AUGCGGGUGCUAACAUUUAGUGUUUUACGAAACUUAAAAUUUAAGACACCACUGUAUCAAUUAUUUAAAAAUUUAAGUGUUGAUAUAUCCCGAGCGAAAGUUGAAGCUGAAAAGCCUUUAGGAGAUCCUAGUUAUAUAGAAAUAUUACCAUCCUGGAAAGCAGAUGAAGAGCCCGAAAUGCGCGCUGCAGUGUUACAACACAUGAGGGUUCUGCCAGACUUUGUGAGUGAAGAGGAGGAAGCAGCUUUGUUAGCUGAAGUGGAACCACAGUUGAAGAGAAUGAGAUAUGAAUUUGAUCAUUGGGACAAUGCAAUUGAAGGUUAUCGUGAAACAGAGCGCAGUAAAUGGAAUGAGCAAAAUACAGCAGUGUUGUCUCGAAUAAAGAAAGUUGCUUUUGCAAAAAACUCAGAGCUUCUACCACAUGUACAUAUAUUGGAUCUGGCUGCGGCCGGUCACAUUAAACCUCAUGUUGAUGCUGUUAGAUUCUGUGGCGAUACGAUCGCGGGGCUGUGCCUGGCGUCGAGCGCGGUGAUGCGGCUGACGCACGCGGCGCGCGCGCACCUCGCGCUCGACGCGCUGCUGCAGAGGCGCUGUCUCUACAUCAUGAGCGGCGUGGCGCGCUACGAGUUCUCGCACGCGGUGCUGGGCGGCGAGCACAGCGCGUGGCGCGGGCGAGGCGUGGCGCGGCGGCGGCGCGUGGCCGUCAUCUGCCGCGAGCGCCCGCGCGCCGACCACCGCCUG